AUGGCUAGCCUCGGAGCCUCCAGCGCAGCCGGCGAUACCAGCAGUCCUUCGGACUCCAGCGAAGACCCGUUUGACGGGCUCAGCAGCAGCAGCAGCAACAGCAGCAACAGCAGCAGCAGCAGUAGCAGCAGCAGUAGCAGUUACAACUACUUCAGGGGUCCACAACUGGAAGCUUGCGCUUCAGUUGGAAUUGCCUCGGAGCCUACGGAAUGCAUUCGCCGUUCGGCAUCUGAGGGGGCUGAACUUGCAUCGCUGGACAGAUCAGAGGGAGACAACAGUUGCCCUGAAAAGCAACAGCAACGGCCGUCGACGGCAAAUGCACCUGGUAGGCUGUCGCUGCCUUCCGUUGUUUCCAUUUCGAGUUUUAGACUGGGUCCGCUCGGUUUUCGGCGGGCCAAAAGUGCAACAGCUGAUGCGCCUGCAAUGCAGGAAGAUACUGCAGCAGCUAGAGCCGGUGCUUCCCCGUCUGAAGCCCUCACCAAACCUGCUGCUGCAGUGGUGGAUGCUGCCUGCUCGGGCAGCCAUGCUGACGUUGAAGGCCACCUGCCAACUGUGCACCCGAAAAAGCAACUUCCCUUGGAUGCGUUUUCACAGUCAUCCCCCCAAGCCAAAGGCGCUUCGGUUGCUGUACCAACGGAGUCUCGGCAUGUGCUGCAGCCGUUGGGUCCCGGUUUCCGUUCAGCCGCAGCAUUGGAGCUUCAGGUUGGCGAGGCGGAGGAGGCUGGCGCAUCAAUGCAAGCAAGAGCAAGAACGAGUGAUGUUACAAGCGCCCCUUCUGGAGGGUCCCUCCUAGCAGGGAGGUCCGAGCAGCAUAUACGCUUGAAGGACAAGCAUGUUUCUGCAGACAGCUGCAGAAGCCCCUCCAAGGUGUUGCCUGCAGCUCGCUCAAGUGGCAGUGGAUCCAUCUCCCCUUACCAGAAUCGCAGAAGUAACAGCGAAGAUGUUGUAUCAGCUUACUCUCCUCUCAGAACUGGGGUGGGUGGAGCUACCUUUUUUAGAGUCCAAACCGAAGGAGGUGGGCCAUAUAUGCAGACGGUUGGUGCGAUUCACGCCGGCUCGUCUGCUUUUCGCCGAAACCGGGCACUGACCCACUUCACUAGUGCCAGGUUUGAAGCUGGACCGACGCCGGCUAGUGCUGUUGCUCCACCAAGCUCUGCAACACGCCCUUGGUUGGCACGGAGCACCCGUGAAAUGCAUGUGUGCAGCAGCACGAGUGCGAUGCUCAUGGCACUAGCUCAGGAGACACCUGAGCGCGUUCAGUCUCCUGAGAGCCCCAAAGCGGGCAUACCGAGGAGCUCGUUCAGCGCAGCGUUUGCUGCAGCAGGAGCAGCGGCCAAGGCUGGAGAGCUUGCAGCACGAGCAGCUGCAGGGAUUCGCGCGCCAACGGCGGGAGCCACCGACGGCUUUGGGUCGUAUUCUUCAUUCGAAUCAACCGACCCUCUAACCAGCCGCUGUGAUUCCUUUGCCUCCGCAGCCAGCCGCACUCGGAACGACGACGAAGCAAACGUACAGUGCACACGGCAGCAUCAAAACCAGAAGAAGGAAAAGGGCGCAAUGGAUGAAGAGUGUCAGCAGGUAGGAGAUCGCACUGCUGGCAUCUUCGCUGCGCCACGGACCGAGGCUUGUGAUUCCCCAUUACCGGGUAGCUCCAAGGAAUCGGACGCAGCAUCUCCCCCAUCCAGUCGUUAA